GUACACACAGCAGUCUAGUGCUGCCCUGCUGGAGUUUCUCACUUUAUUGACAUGGAACCUGCUGCAGCACUCGGGGCUGGAUGUUUCCUCUCGCUUCUGAGGACAGAGGACUUUGUAGAUUUGCAGCUUUCAGACAAUAUUUGGCUUUUUGACUUUUGAAGUUUUGGUUUUACUUUUUUAAAAAUGGCUAAAAGUCUGUAUGCACAGCUCAACCCGCAGCAAGUGACAGUUGCUCACUGGAAAAGACCUGAUACAAGCAACAGAAUGGACGAGCAACGAUGCACUCUUCCUCCUCCUCUCAAAACUGAGGAAGACUACAUCCCUUACCCCAGCGUCCAUGAGGUUCUCGGCAGAAAGACUCCAUUUCCCUUGAUUCUGCUGCCCCAGUUCGGGGGUUAUUGGAUUGAAGGGACCAAUCACGAGCUGAGCAAUGGGAUCGACCUGGACCAGCUCCUGUCUGCCAACUCACGCUUCAAACAGGAGUACAACACCAGUGCUAAGAUCUACAGGAAGCAUUUUCUGGGCAAAGAACACUUUAAUUACUAUACAGUGGACAGUGCCCUGGGCCACCUGGUGUUCUCCAUGAAAUAUGAUGUUAUCGGGGACCAAGAGCAUCUCCGUCUCAUGCUCAGAACAAAAAUGAAAACAUAUCACGACGUGAUUCCAAUAUCUUGUCUGACCGAAUUCCCCAAUAUUGUCCAGAUGGCCAAGCUCGUCUGUGAAGAGGUGAAUGUGGACCGAUUUUUCCCAGUGCUUUACCCAAAGGCCUCCAGGCUCAUCGUCACUUUCGACGAACACGUCAUAAGCAACAACUUCAAGUUUGGAGUCAUUUAUCAGAAGUUUGGACAGACCUCAGAGGAGGAGUUGUUUGGGAAUAACGAGGAGAGUCCUGCUUUGGUGGAGUUUUUAGAGUUUCUGGGACAGAAAAUCGAGCUCCAUGACUUCAAAGGGUUUCGUGGAGGAUUGGACGUGACACAUGGACAGACAGGCUCUGAAUCUGUGUACCACAAUUUCCACAACAAGGAGAUCAUGUUCCACGUGUCAACUAAGCUGCCUUUCACAGAGGGCGAUACACAGCAGCUACAAAGGAAGAGGCAUAUAGGAAAUGACAUUGUGGCCAUCAUGUUUCAAGACGAGAACACUCCAUUUGUGCCAGACAUGAUUGCCUCCAACUUUUUGCAUGCCUACGUAGUGGUGCAAGUUGAAAAUGCCUGUUCUGACAACGUCCUGUACAAGGUUUCAGUAACAGCGAGAGAUGACGUCCCCUUCUUCGGACCACCCCUCCCCAACCCAGCCAUUUUUAAGAAAGGCCCAGAGUUUCGGGAAUUCUUGCUUACCAAGUUGAUCAAUGCUGAAUACGCUUGUUACAAAGCAGAAAAAUUUGCCAAAUUAGAGGAGCGUACCCGGUCUGCUCUGCUGGAGACGCUGUACGAGGAGCUGCACAUCAACAGUCAGGCUAUGAUGGGGCUGGGAGGAGAGGAGGACAAACUGGAGAAUGGAGGAGGAGGGGGAGGGGGCUUCUUUGAGUCUUUCAAGCGGGUGAUCCGCAGCAGGAGCCAGUCUCUGGACACCAUGGGCCACAAUAUCAGGAAGCACACAGUCUCCAAUAGUCACAGCGGCAGUUUCACCCACAACAACAACAACCACCACUCACCAGAGACCCCCAAACCCCCUGGGAUAUCAUUGCUUGUCCCAGGCAAAAGUCCCAGUAAAUAUGGACGGCGUGGCAGUGCCAUAGGAAUAGGAACCAUAGAAGAGUCUUUGAUCAUUCCUGGAAAAAGCCCAACUAGGAAAAAGUCAGGACCUUUUAGCUCUCGACGUAGCAGUGCUAUCGGCAUCGAGAACAUCCAGGAGGUCCAGGAGAAGAGAAUUGCCGCUCUGUUGUCAGAGGACAGGACAGUGCUCUGUCUCUCUCUACCCAGCAUCACUCUCAAGAAUGGGAGGCUCAUCGUGGAUCCCUCCAACAGUAGAGAGUGCUCCCCCAGCACACAGAAGACUCCUGACAGUGGCCACGCCUCCCAGGACCCCAAGUCUGAAAACUCCUCCAAUCAGAGCUCUCCUGAAGUCCUCAUCACCAAGAACAGCUCAAGCAUGUACUGCCAGGCUCCCUCCAUUCCCGAGGCUCAUGACCUGUCCCGCUCCUCCUCUAACGCCAGCAGCUUUGCUAGUGUGGUAGAGGAGAAUGAAACAGAGGCCACAGAGGACUAUGACACCGGCAUGGAGAGUCUGUCAUCAGCAGAUACUCCUCAUAAACGAGACUCGUUAACAUACAGCACAUGGCUGGAGGACAACAUGAGCACUGCCAGUACAACCGGCAGAGGGAGCUCUCCUGCCGGGAAAACAGAUGGUGGAAAGAACCAGGAGCAGAACCGUACAGACAUCCGCAUCAAACUUGAGCGACCGCAUGACCACAAGUCCACAUCUAACUGCUAGCCCCUCCUGAUUGACUGCCUCGUGGACAUCCAUCAACAGCAUUUCCAUUAGAAACACCUUAGAGAGAAAAGGAGAACUGGAGUUUAUGCCGUUACUAGACCU